AUGGCUUCGUGCAUGUAUCGUGUAGGCGAUUAUGUCUACUUUGAAGGAAAUCCAACGGAACCAUAUCUAAUUCGACGAAUUGAAGAGUUGAACAAAACUCCGAAUGGUAAUGUUGAAGCACGUGUGGCUUGCUUUUAUCGUCGUCGCGACAUAUCCUCGUAUCUAGUCAAUCAAGUUGAUCGCUUAAAAAGCGACGGUCCGUGGGAAGAUGAUGAUGAAAUUCCAAAUGAUUCGUCGAGUACGAGUGGACAACAAACGGAAUUAUCGGAUACUCAAAAACAUCAAUUGCGCCAUCGAGAAUUGUUUUUAACACGACAAAAUGAAACAUUGUUAGCGACCAAUAUCCGUGGGAAAUGUUUAGUGACGUUACAUAAUGAAACGGAAACAUUUCUGUCGUAUGUUAAUUCUGAGGACCUCUUCUUUUAUCAAUUGGUUUAUGAUCCAAAUCAAAAAAGUCUCAACGCUGAUCGAGGCGAAAUCCGUGUUGGUGGAAAAUAUCAAGCUGAUGUUCCAGCUCAACCGAUUUCGAACGAUGGAACACAGGAUAAUUCACCCUCGAGAGAAGAUCUAAUUUGGGAUGCAAAUGGUGGUCUAACAGAAAAACAAAUCGAACAAUACUUGAUUGUCGCAAGAUCCAUUGGCACAUUUGCUCGUGCGCUUGAUUGUCCGACCGCAUUGAAACAUCCGAGUCUUCAUAUGAGUGCUGCGUCCGCCUCGCGUGAUGCGACAUUGUUUUUUGCCAUGGAUGCCCUACAUAAACAUCACUAUGACUUAGCUUUGGCUACGUGCAGUUUAGUACCAAACACCGGUCCGAUUCUUGUUAAAGAUCAAAUGGAAGAUUGGUCGGCAGCGGAAGCCAACUCUUUCGAAGAUGCGAUUGAGAAAUGUGGAAAAGAUUUUCGCGAAAUUCAAAAAGAAUACUUACCAUGGAAGAGUUUGAAAGGCAUUAUAGAAUAUUACUACAUGUGGAAGACAACGGAUCGAUAUGUUGUUCAGCGACGACUGAAGUUAGCUGAACAAGAAAAUAAACUCAAACAAGUCUUCAUACCAAAUUACAACAAAGCACAUCAGUGUCUCCUUCCUCAACGCCCACAAAAUGAAAGCAAACCGUGUGAAUCAUGCGGAACGACUUCAUCAGCUCAAUGGUACCAAUGGAGUUCUGCUCAACCACAUACAAGACUUUGUGCUGAAUGUUGGAUUUACUACAAAAAAUUAGGUGGUUUGAAGUAUCCGAAAAAAAGUGGUCCGGAUCGACGACAAGAGCGUGCUGCGAAUAUCAACAAAUUGGUUACCUAUAAAUGUAAUAUCAAUGGUUGUGAAAAGGAAUGCAAAAAUAAAUCUGCCCUUCAUCGUCAUUACGCUCUUACACAUGGUACAGCAUUUCGAUCAGGCAGCCCUCGACCAUUAUCCAAACCACGCAAUACAUUUUCUUUGUAUACAACACCGUUAUCACGUGCUGUUCGUUCAUUGUGUUCAGUUCGUCAUCUUGCGCGUACUCCAUUAUCUAGUAUUAAUUUAAGCGAAGCACUUCAGCAAUGGGAAGCUUAUACUAAAGAUAAACCAUCGGUCGAUAUUCGAAAUAUUUGUACGCGUCUCCAUGAGAUUUAUCGCGAGAGAAAUGAAAGCAAGAAAUCGAAACAUUUAAGUGACAUCUUUCCUCGAGAGAAUGAGAAUGAUUCGAAGAAAACAUUUGACGAAAUUAUGCCUCAAUUUGAAGAAAAACCGAAGAAUGAUAAUGAAACGGAUUUACCCGAACGUUAUCCAAAGAUGCGAAACGAUCCAGGAGAUUUCUAUGCUCAAUUUACCCAUUUAAAUUUGAGCAUCAUGAAAAAACGACCUUAUGAAUCAAAUGAAAGUUCAAAUGAAGGUCCAUCACCAAAACGAACAUUGAUUAGUCGACAAAAUUUAAUCAAAACCAAGUCACCUGGCGCUCCGAAACUAUCGCGUUCACGUGCUUAUACCGUUCCAUUUGUUGAUCCACCCGAUGGAAUCUACCUCCGUGUAACAAAAGAUAUCAAACGUUUACGUAAAGAAAUUCCUCAGAAGGAAAUUCGUCGCAUUGCACGCGCACCUUGGAAGAAACUCAAUACCAAUUUUGUCUCGUAUGUUGAUGAUGAUAUAGUUGUGCUUGAUUAA